AUGAGCUUGCCUUACUUACAGAAUAAUGAUUUGAUAAGCUUGCCUUACUUACAGAAUAAUGAUUUGAUGAGCUUGCCUUACUUACAGAAUAAUGAUUUGAUGAGCUUGCCUUACUUACAGAAUAAUGAUUUGAUAAGCUUGCCUUACUUACAGAAUAAUGAUUUGAUAAGCUUGCCUUACGUACAGAAUAAUGAUUUGAUGAGCUUGCCUUACUUACAGAAUAAUGAUUUGAUGAGCUUGCCUUACUUACAGAAUAAUGAUUUGAUAAGCUUGCCUUACUUACAGAAUAAUGAUUUGAUAAGCUUGCCUUACUUACAGAAUAAUGCAAUGACCUGUUUGGGUGCUGGUGAACCUUAA